AUGGCAAAGGCACGCAUUGUUGGAGUAGCCAUGGACUUCUCUCCCACCAGCAAAUUAGCCCUUCGUUGGGCCGUUGAUAAUCUCAUAAACAGGGGUGAUCAAAUCAUCUUGAUCAAUGUUCAGCCUCCCCAAGCUCCUCACACCCGAAAGGAACUUUUUGAGGACACUGGUUCACCUUUGGUGCCUUUGGAGGAACUGAGGGAGUUGAAUUUUACAAAGCAAUAUGGGAUUGCUAGGGAUCCUGAGGUCAUAGAUAUCCUUGACACUGCCUCCAAGACUAAAGGGGCAAAGGCAGUGGCAAAGGUGUAUUGGGGAGAUCCAAGGGAGAAGCUGUGUAAUGCUGUGGAAGAUCUUCACCUAGACUCUUUGGUUCUUGGAAGCAGGGGUUUAGGUCCCAUUAAAAGGGUUUUGUUGGGCAGUGUAAGCAAGCACGUGAUGACAAAUGCCUCUUGCCCCGUCACAGUGGUUAAGGGAAAAAAACCUUCCAGUUCCUGA